AUGGCUUCUCCCGGCGCGGGUUUUUGGUCCUUCGGGUCUGAAGAUGGAUCCGGAGACCCUGACAACCCUGGUACAGCGAAAGCUUGGUGUCAAGCUGCCCAGAAGUUUACAGGAGGCAUUUCAACCAAACUCUGUGCUUUGCUGUACGGAGAUGGGGAAAAGCCCGCGGACACGAGGGCUGCUAAGGAGGACCCGAGCUCGACCGCCAGAAAGGCCCCUUGUACCUGCAAUCAGAAGCCCUGCGGGUGUCAGAAAGAAGAUAUUAAUUACGCGUUUUUACACGCAUCAGAUCUUUUGCCAGCCUCGGACGGGGAAGUAGCCACUUUGGCUUUCUUACAAGAUGUGAUGGACAUUUUGCUCCAGUAUCUGGUGACCAAUUUUGACAGAUCGACCAAAGUGAUUGAUUUCCAUUACCCAAACGAGCUACUUCAGGAAUAUAAUUGGGAAUUGGCAGAUCAACCCCAGACUUUGGAAGAAAUUCUGUUGAACUGCAGGACCGCGCUAAAAUAUGCCAUUAAAACAGGACACCCCAGAUAUUUCAAUCAGCUUUCAACUGGCCUGGAUAUGGUCGGAUUAGCUGCAGACUGGCUUACUUCUACAGCCAACACUAAUAUGUUCACCUAUGAAAUUGCUCCAGUGUUUGUACUUUUGGAAUAUGUCACAUUAAGGAAGAUGAGAGAAAUCAUUGGCUGGCCUGGAGGUGCCGGCGAUGGGAUAUUUUCACCUGGUGGUGCCAUAUCUAACAUGUAUGCUAUGUUGAUUGCACGUUUCAAGAUGUUCCCAGAAGUUAAAGAGAAAGGAAUGGCAGCUAUUCCAAGACUGGUUGCUUUCACAUCUGAGCAUAGUCACUUUUCUGUGAAGAAAGGAGCAGCAGCCUUAGGAAUUGGUACUGACAGUGUGAUUUUGAUCAGAUGUGAUGAAAGAGGGAAAAUGAUCCCAUCUGAUCUCGAAAGAAGAAUUGUUGAGGCAAAGCAAAAGGGAUUUGUUCCUUUCCUUGUAAGUGCCACAGCAGGAACUACAGUAUAUGGGGCGUUUGAUCCACUUAUAGCUAUUGCAGAUAUCUGUAAAAAAUACAAGAUCUGGAUGCAUGUUGAUGGAGCGUGGGGUGGUGGGCUGCUGAUGUCAAGGAAACAUAAGUGGAAAUUAAAUGGUGUUGAAAGGGCCAAUUCUGUGACAUGGAAUCCACACAAAAUGAUGGGAGUGCCACUGCAGUGCUCUGCUCUGCUUGUUCGAGAAGAGGGGCUGAUGCAAAGCUGUAAUCAAAUGCAUGCUUCCUACCUCUUUCAACAAGAUAAGCACUACGAUCUGUCAUAUGACACUGGAGACAAAGCCUUGCAAUGCGGGCGCCAUGUUGAUAUCUUCAAGCUAUGGCUGAUGUGGAGAGCAAAGGGUACUGUGGGAUUUGAAGCACAUAUUGACAAGUGCUUGGAACUUGCAGAAUAUCUGUAUAACAAAAUCAAGAACAGAGAAGGCUUUGAAAUGGUGAUUGAUGGAAAGCCUCAGCACACAAACGUUUGCUUCUGGUAUAUACCUCCCAGUUUACGAACUAUGGAAGAUAAUGAAGAAAGAAUGAACCGUCUUUCAAAGGUGGCCCCUGUAAUUAAAGCCCGAAUGAUGGAGUGUGGUACCACUAUGGUCAGCUAUCAGCCCCUGGGAGACAAGGUCAACUUUUUCCGCAUGGUUAUCUCCAAUCCAGCAGCGGCUCACCAAGACAUUGAUUUUCUGAUUGAGGAAAUAGAGCGCCUUGGGCAAGAUUUAUAA